AUGGAUGUUACCCUGAAAUCGUUCAAAAUAUAUAGAAACGGGCCAAUUCCCCAUGAAACUGAAGUUAGCCUUGGAAUAGAUGAGGCUGGACGCGGCCCAGUACUUGGACCACUAGUAUAUGGCGGUUUCUUUUGCAGCAACGACGUGGAAAAUGAGCUUAAAAUGGAUAUUAAAGUUGAUGAUUCAAAGAAGUUAAGCGAAGAAAGUAGGGAAGCGAAGUUUAAGUUACUAACGAAUGUGAACAAACCUUUUGGGUUCGUGGCCCAGUUGAUCACUCCUCAGCACAUUUCUACCGCCAUGCUUAGGGAGCAAAAAUACAACCUAAACCAAAUAUCACACGACUCCGCCCUGAAUAUAAUCAGGCAUGUAAUAUCCAUUGGAUACAAAUUAAAAUCAGUCUAUAUAGACGCAGUUGGACCCACCGAAGCAUACAAGAUGAAGGUUAAAGCCAACUUCCCGAAUCUAAAAGUUAUAAUAGCGGAAAGGGCUGAUUCCACUUAUCCCUUAGUCAGCGCUGCUAGUAUUAUAGCAAAAGUGCUGCGUGAUAGGACGGUUAAAGCGUGGGAAAGUAGCGAUAAAUACAAGCUCCCUUUUGGAUGCGGAUACCCUUCAGACCCUUUGACUAAGGAAUAUCUUAAGAAAUCCUUUGAUAAAAUUUUUGGCUUCCCCCCGCAUAUAAGAAGCAGUUGGGCCACAGCAGAUGCUUUUUUAUCAAAAUCAUUGCCAGUAGAUUGGAAAUUGGAAGGGGGUUCCAAUAAGAAGUCACCGUUGAUUGUCACACCAGAAUUGGAUGAUAUUGUACAGCCACUGUAA